GUGGGCAUCGGCUUUGGGUUCAGUCUGCUUCUUUCUGGAGAGCCACUCAGAGGAAAGUGCUCCUCACUAGGGUGAGCUCUUUAGUCCUCCUGAAGGAUCUCCGGAUCUGACUAUGGCUGCUCGCCAAGAUCUGAGCCCCACUGAAGGGGACCCACCUGCAGACGAGUUCCCUACAAAAAUACUGGAAUACUUGCAUGGCUUCUACAUCUCCAAGACAGUGUUCACUGCCUGUGAACUGGGCGUGUUUGACGUGUUACUGGCCGCAGAGCGUCCCAUGUCAGCGGAGGAGAUCAGUCAGGCAGUGGGCGCCAGUCUGGACGGCACGCAGCGGCUGCUGGCUGCCUGCGGCGGCCUGCAGCUGCUCAACGUGCACCAAGAUGGAGAACAAGUGUUUUACAGCAACACGAAUCAGGCUCGUGUCUACCUCACCAGCUCCAGUCCUCGCUCCCUCUACCACUGCACCCAGUACAGCUCCAAGACCAUCUACCGCUGCUGGAACUAUCUCACUGACGCUGUCAGAGAAGGAAGGAAUCAGUAUGAAAAGGCGUUUGGAGUCAGCUCAAAAGACCUGUUUCAAGCUAUCUACAGUUCUGAUGAGGAAAUGGUGAGAUUUAUGCAGAUGAUGAACUACAUCUGGAACAUCUGUGGCAAAGCCGUGGUCACGGCCUUUGAUCUUUCACCUUUCAAGGACAUUUGUGACCUUGGAGGCUGUACUGGUGCAUUAGCCAAGCACUUCACGUCAGCCUACCCAGAGUGCAAUGUGACAAUCUUUGACCUCCCUAAGGUGGCGUGUACGGCGCGCCAACACUUUGUUAACGAGGCUGACCAGAGGAUACGUUUCCACGAGGGGGACUUCUUCAAAGACCCUCUCCCAGCGGCUGACCUCUAUAUGCUUGCAAGGAUCCUCCAUGACUGGACAGAUGAACGCUGCAUAGAGCUGCUCUCUAGAAUCUAUAAAGCCUGCAAACCAGGAGGCAGUGUGCUGCUGGUGGAGGCGCUGCUUAAUGAGGAUGGUUCUGGCCCUCUGACGGUUCAGCUCUACUCCCUCAACAUGCUGGUGCAGGCGGAGGGCAGAGAGAGGACAGCCGCUCAGUACACCACUCUGCUGGCUGGUGCUGGUUUCACCAACAUCCAGCACCGCCUCACUGGAAGGCUCUAUGAUGUUGUUCUGGGUCACAAAGACGAAGCAAAAUAGACGAUGCAUUCUAUUGUUUUGGAUAUCAUAAUAAAAUACCAUAUGUACAUAAUGUGUGUGGGAUCUGU